CUCUGCAGAUGACGGGGAUUGGCGGAGCCAUAGUCCAACCCCGAAAACGUACUUCGUAUCACAUCAUCAAUCGCUGCAGACAUUUUGAGUCGACAAUCUCUCGAAUUUCCUAUCGUUCAAACCUCCCUCUCCUCCCUUCCUUUACUCAGUGACAUGUCACUUCGGCCCUGGCCUGGCAUACUUCUCCGGUACUCUGCUACUUCUGUACGCCCUCUUACGCUGGCAUCCCAAAGACCUGCCUCUGCCUGUGUUGAGCUGUCGCGCAUCGGCUCCUCUGCAAAGUCCCCCGCACCUGUUUCGAGGCUUGCAGGAUUGUCCAGACAGUUCUCCUCCUCGUCCUUAAAGAUGGCCCCGGUCACAAAGCAAUAUGACUACAUUGUCAUAGGAGGAGGAUCAGGAGGAAGUGGUGCGGCCAGAAGAGCCAGCGGCUGGUAUGGAGCAAAGACAUGCAUCAUUGACGCCGGAGUAUCUGGUGGCUGCUGUGUAAAUGUUGGGUGCGUCCCCAAGAAAAUGACCUGGAACUUUGCCUCCAUCGCCGAAGCCAUGAAGGCCGGAAAGCAUUACGGAUACAUAUUUGCAGAAGGCAAUUCCUUCGACUUCACGAGUUUUGUCGAGAAAAGAGAUGCGAGAAUAAAAGUUUUGAACGGCGCUUAUGAGAACAAUUGGGCAAAAGAAGGAAUCGAGUUGAUUCACGGUACGGCUACGUUCAUCAGCGAACAUGAAAUGGAGGUCAAGCCGAAAGACGGAGGUGAACCAUUCAGAAUAACAGCACCUCACAUCACGAUCGCCACAGGCUCAUUCCCAACAAAACCCGAAGGCAUAAAGGGCGCAGAAUACGGCAUCACAUCAGACGAGUACUUUUUGAUCAAGCAUCUGCCGAAGAAGAUGGUGUUUGUUGGGGCUGGCUACAUCGCCGUCGAACUUGCCGGUGUGAUGAAUGCUAUUGGAGUUGAGACACAUUUGUUCAUCCGACAUAACACGUUCCUCCGAAAAUUCGAUCCCAUGGUGCAAGAGACCAUGACGAACCAUUACGAAGACCUGGGUGUUCACGUCCACCGAAACCACCCUGGAAUCAAGGAGGUUGUGCAGUUACAACCUGCCAAGGAUCCAUCUGAUCCGCGCGAUAAACAGCUCAAGAUCAUCAUGAAUGACGGCAGCGAAAUGAUUGCAAAUGAGCUUUUGUGGGGCAUUGGACGAGGCGCAGAGACCCGAGGACUGGGCCUCGAAAACAUACCGAUCAAGCUGGACAAGACCGGCCAUAUUGUCGUGGAUAAAUACCAGAAUACAUCGGUCCCCGGGGUGUAUGCCUUGGGUGAUGUUUCUGGCCAGGUCGAACUCACACCGGUAGCCAUUGCAGCUGGGAGACAGCUGGGCAACCGCCUCUUUGGACCACCCGAACUCAAGGAUUCUCACCUUGACUACGACAGAAUCCCAUCUGUCGUCUUCUCACACCCCGAAGUUGGUUCGACCGGCUUAACUGAGCCACAAGCUAUUGAGAAAUACGGAAAGGACCGUAUCAAAAUUUAUCAUACCAAAUUCUCAGCCAUGUACUACGAUGUAUUCCCGCCAGAGGAGAAGAAGAAAGAGCCGACAGAAUUCAAGCUUGUCUGCCUUCUGCCAAACGAGGAGAUUGUGGGAUUACACAUCUUGGGCAAGGGCUGCGAUGAAAUGAUGCAAGGCUUUGGUGUCGCUGUCAAAAUGGGCGCGACGAAGAAAGACUUUGAUAGUUGUGUUGCUAUUCAUCCAACGAGUGCAGAAGAGCUGGUUACUAUGCGUUAGAAGUAUAGACAAACAAAUUAUAGAUCUGCACAAGGAUAAUAUUAUACCAACUACAGCCGAUCCUUCGUAUAUGAAGAAAUUGUCCCUGUGUAGAUUCCUUCAAAGCCUGAAGAUGCAGCGUGAGUCUCUUCCCUCGAGGCUGCCAAGAUUAUGACGUGG